UGGUUUUAAUUUCUCCUAGCAUAUCCCCAAACUCCACUCAUUCCACACUUUCUCUGUUUUCUCUCUGCGUGGCGACUAAGAUACGUUUGAAGCUUCAAAAUUAUAGCUUCUACAUUUUUAUGAAUCUUGUAGCCACCGACAAGUAAGAGGGAUCAAGAAUGAAGAAAUGGAAGGCAGAGAAAUUAUGGUGGCGUAUUUUGUUAUUCUUUGUACUCCAAUUUGGUUUUAUGUUCAUCUUCAGAAAUUCUACUUGUCAUCAAGAGGACAAAACAUGGAGACCAACAAAGUUGAUGAGGAGUGCCUUAUUAUCACCAAUAUCAAGGUUAUCCGUCCAACAUGAUGUCAAUAAGCCAAGUUUAAAGAUCUCAUUAACCCGACAUUUGUCCAGCAAUCCAAACCUUAUUGAACCAAAAACUCUCUUUUGCAAUCGAUCCCAUCGACUUUAUGAUUGGUGUCAUCUUAAAAGUCCUACUAUAUUGGAACCAAAAGAUGCUACGUUUUUUAGUAGAUCAUCGACCCCCUCAAUGAACUUGCCAAUGGUGGAAAAACUUCGCCCUUACCCUCGCAAAAGGGACAAUGACACCAUGUCUAACAUACGCGAAAUUACCUUAACCACAAAAUUAUCCCGCUCUUCAUGUACCAUUAUCCAUGACACCCCGGCUUUAGUAUUCAGCAUUGGUGGCUUCACAGGCAACUUCUUCCAUGAUUUUAAUGACGGUUUUGUCCCACUUUUUAUCACUCUUAAUGCCCUCUUUCCUGAUCAAGAAGUUACCCUAGUCAUAACCGACUAUAGUGAAUGGUGGUAUGGUAAAUACGAGGCUAUACUUCCUCAAUUCUCCAACCAUCGUGUUGUCAACCUUGACAACCAAACAGUCACUCAUUGUUUCCCAUCUGUUGUAGCAGGCCUUAUAUCCCAUGGACCUAUGACUAUAAACCCUACCUUGAUGCCGCGGCAAAAGAGCUUCCUUGAUUUCCGUGCUCUGCUUGAGGAAGGUUAUCGGAAAUGUCUCGUGUGGCCUGCACCAAAAAUCAAAGGUAGGCCAAGGCUUGUGUUGGUGAGCCGAACAGGUCCUGUUGGACGCGUUAUAUUAAACCAAGACAAUGUUAUAAAGGCGGCUCAAGAGGAGGGUUUUGAUGUGGUGAUAUUUGAGCCAUCAGCCUACACUUAUUUAUGCGAUGUUUAUCGGCUAAUAAAUGGCAGCCAUGCUAUCAUGGGUGUUCACGGAGCUGCCCUUACACACUCCCUCUUCCUUCAGCCUGGUGCACCAUUUAUCCAGGUUGUUCCACUUGGUGGUGAUUGGCUUGCAAGGACCUACUUUCGGAAUUUAGCUAAGGGAAUGAAAUUGGAGUACAUGGAGUACAAAAUACAGCCAGAGGAGAGUACUUUGAUUGAAAAAUAUGGAAAGGAUCACGUUUUCAUAAGGGAUCCAAAUUUGAUUACAAGUCGAAAUUGGUCUGCUUUGCAUAAUAUUUACUUGAGAGGCCAAGAUGUUAGGCUAGACAUAGCAAGAUUCAGGGGAUGUUUGAAGAAUGCUUAUUCUAAGGCCAAGAGAUUGAUGGAGCACCAAGGUUUGCACGUUAGGCGCCGCCCUAAAAUGAAGAAAUUUAUCAGGCCGUCAAUCUUCAGUUAUACUUAUGGUGUACAAUCAUAGGCGUCGAAUGUUAAAGGUAUUGGCAUGUUGGAACUGCAUGAGUAAGUAGGCAAAGAUUAUGGACUUUAAAUCAUUAUUUCUAAUAUCAUCUGAGGUAGCUAGGGGAGUUUAUCUGUUGAAUGCUAGACAGUAGGUGUAAGAGGAUUAGAAUUUUGAUCCACAAGGCACAAUCUUGCAACGAAUGAAGGAAGUUCAUAGCAAGCGAGACUGGGGGAUCCUUAUUCUUUCGCUUCAAUCCGGGUGUACAUUGGACAUGGUAUAGUCAAGACUAAUAUAUGCUCAAUAGCUUAUUUGAAGGAUUCAAAUGAGAAAAUAAGCAAAGCGGGUUCGAUCCAAAUGAGCAAAAUAUAAAACAGGAUGAUCGGUGCAAAUUUUUUGUUGGAUUUGGGGCAAUGGUAAUCGAGUGUGUAGUGCUGCUAUUGCAAGCUGACGAACUUAGAUAUAUCGUUGUUAUUUGAAAAUAUUCACAAAGAAUUAUUCCUUUUCCUAUAUUGUAUGACUAGAAAAUCAAAUUGAUCUUUGUCUUAAGGAUUAAUAUAUAGCUAGAAUGCUAGAUAUGGAUGUGCAAUGAGUAUAGAAUAUAGCCCAAGCAAGCAGAUGUACAUAACUACUUAAGUACCCUAGUAUGAAAUUAUGUUAUUGUAUCCCUAAUCACAUAUUGAUGUGAAAGUUAAUGUUAGUAGCUCUUUUGAGUGCGUAUAA